AUGAACUUCAACGGCAGCGCUGGUCUUACAGCUUCUGAGAAUAAAGGCGCCAACACAUCAGUUGAAGGUCAAGGUCUGCUCAGCGACGAAGCGCGAAUCGUGUUCAUCUUCGUUAAUCACGUUGUCCUGAGCACGGCGAUUGGUCUGUUCGGCAUUGCUGCGAACGUCAUCAAUAUGUGCGUAUUCUUGAAAGAAGGAUUGAACACUUCCAUGAACGUCAGCUUCUUCGCCAUGGCCAUCUCUGACCUGGUCAGUCUGGUCACUCUUCUGUGGCUUAAUGUCUGCCUCAACCCUUACAUUGAUAAUGUUAACUCAGAUAUUGUCUUUACAGAGGUGCAAUAUCUGACAGCCGGGUGGCCUCACGGCUGCGCAGCGAGAAUCACCAGCUGGAUCACGGUGUAUAUCACAGCUGAAAGGUGCAUCUCCAUACUUCUGCCCCUGAAGGUGAAAAGAAUUGUCACGCCGAAGAGAUCAGUGGCGGCACUGACAGUCAUUUAUCUCAUCAACAUUCUGACGCUGGUUCCGGAAUAUUCUACCGUGUAUUUCGAUUGGAAUUUUUACCCUUCGAAAAACAGAACCAUGCUGGGUUUGGCUUUCAGAAGCAACAGACCAAUUACGGAAGGUUUGGUUUUCACUUUCCACGCUUCCCUGGCCAUCGUUUCAUUCAUAUCCGUCAUCUUAUUGACCGCCAUCCUGGUUGCCAGGUUGAAUAGCACAGGCAAGUGGAGAAAAAGCACGGUGUCUAACCUUAAACAAAACGAGGCUACCAUCGCUAGGGACAGGAAAACGAUCGCAAUGGUUAUUCUCGUGGCCAUCAUUCUGAUCGUCUGCUACACUCCAACGGUCGUCUUUUCCAUCCUGUCCUCAACGUUGCCAGAUUUCAGCGUAGUUGGGAAAGAGUCCAACGUGUUUCACUCUGCCUGGUCGUUUGCUUUCCUGGCACAUUCCGUGAACGCCAGCGUGAAUAUUUUCACGUAUUACAAAAUGAGCUCUAAAUAUAGAAAGAAUUUUCACAAGCUGUUUCCCGCCAUUGGAAGUGGCCAAAGAGAAGAAGAAGGCAGGAAGUCAGAGGAAGACCUGACGGCUUAUUCUUUUAGCACCAUUAAUAGCACAAUAUAG